AUAUCUAACACAUUCCACAACUGCUAGGUUAAAUGUCAAGGUCAGUACCGUGGAGACACACUGUCUCGGAUGUCGUGCACUGGAGACAGCUCCAAGCUAUACAGGCCCGUAUCUACGUGCUGCAAGAGAACGGUCCUACUGCCUUCACCCUCAAGGAGCACGACAGCGCGAAGAAGCUGCGUGUUACCCUGGGGGACCCCAGUGCCUGCACCUGUACCACAUUCCUGAAGGAGCGUGAGCUGUGUAUCCACAUCUUGUGGGUUAUAUUGAAACUGUUCCGGAUACCUCCUGAGAAUCCUAUUAGUUGGCAGGGUAGUCUUGUGGAGAGGGAGAUCCAACAGAUGAUAAAGAGUAGAGAGAAGACCAGGAGACACGUUCAGCAGAGCAACAGUGAUAAAACCUCAGACAAGCCUGCAGUGCAGAACAAUGAGAAUUGUGUGGAGCCGCGCCCCGUGGAAGAGGGAGACUGUUGUCCUAUCUGUCAGGAUGAGAUGACCCCAGCUCAGCACCUCACGUUCUGUAGGUACAGCUGUGGACACAGCAUCCACAGCAAGUGUAUGAAGAUCUGGGCUGAUCACCAGCUAUCCCAAGGUACCAAGAUCCUUUGUCCGAUGUGCCGAGCUGAGUUUGGGACCCUCAAGAUGAUCAUGACGGAUCACUUGAAGAAGUCAGCCUUCAGACGGGACACCCACCCUGGGACCACGUGUAACAGCUGCAACUCUAACCCAAUACAAGGGAAGCACUACAUGUGCACCAUCUGCCAGCAGUACAGUCUCUGUAUGCAGUGUUUUGCUGGUUCUAACCACACUCAGCACCCCUUCCAGUUCAAAGAGAAGCCUGCUCACCGGUGGAGACCUGCUGUGCGGGACCUCUCUGCUAUACCACCAAACCUAGCAGCAGAGCUGGAAAACAGGGAGAUAACGGAGAAUGAUUACGAAACUCUGCUCGAGCUGGACUCUACUCAGCCUAAUGGAUCAGGAGGGCUAUCUGCCAAGGAACUUGCUAGUUUGAAAUGUAUCAUGUUGACUAAACACAGCUCCUUGCUGAAGCAGAGAGAGUUGUACUGUCAUAUUUGUCUGGCUAGUUACUCUAUUUCUCAACACAUUGUCGAAUUACCCUGUGCUCAUAAAUUUCAUAAGGUUUGCGCAGACAACUGGCUUGCUCAUACCCACGACUACUGUCCAACUUGUACCGAACCUGUAGUUGUGACAGUACCUGAGAGAAAGAAAACCACUAUCAUCCGAUACAACCGAAAGGACGUUAUUCCUGAACAGGUUAAAGUGGAUUUCUCCCUGGCAGGCAGUGCAAUGCAGAGCAAUGGUAUGACUAGUGGGUCUAUGGAUAGUUUGCAUAGUAGUGGAUCUAGCAGAUCAGCUUUUAGUGUUGAACAGGACCACACUGUUAGGAACGAAAACGAAUUGUUUAACCCUACUACUAAUCCUCCUGCUGGUAAAAAUGUGCUCAAGGGUCGACGUGCUAAACCUUCAAAAGCAAGUUCACCCAAGUUUACUGAUAAGGAGACUCCAGAUCUUACUUUAGGGUCAGGAACCAGUUCCUCUUACCUCAGCUAAAGCCACUGGAUCUCGUAAGUCUAGACCAUCUAAACCUCCCCAAGCUCCGCGAGACAGAUCAAAGAGACUGUAGUGGUGGAUCUUGGUUUGAGGAUUGGAACAGCAGGAGGAUCACCUGUAGACAUUAUAAAGAGAAUAUCAAGUGUACAUGAGAGACCGGGGACUAAAACUUCUAGCAGAGACAUUAGACGGGCCCGGCGUCCCUCAAGGGAGAGAACUCGGUCCCGGUCGCCUUCUGUAGGACCUGAUAUUCAGCCUGAUCUAGUUGUCGUCAGUGGCACGAGAAUUUCUUAGUGUUUUAGCUGAGGUAUAACUGAUUGCUGGAGUGUUAUCUUGCUCUAUGUUAUGAUUUGUUAUCGGGUUGAACACUAAACUUAGGUAUUUCAGAUUUGAACUUCUUUAAAUUAAUAAAGAUCAGAGAUACGAAGAUUUUAUACAAUUGCGUACAUACAUUUUGGACCAGUUUUCAACGAGAUCUGUGUAAAAGAAAAUGCGGCAAGUACUGAAUUCCACCUGAAAGUUUAAAAUGUGCUUCUUACAAAUGAGUGCUUGCACUGCAUGUUAGCGCUAGUAUUUUGUCACCAAUUAUUAGUUCAAUGUUUUGCAGUUUGCAUCGUUCUGUAACUUAGCAUUGUACACAUAUCUUGAG